AUGAACGACGAUAUCCAAGUUCAACUGGACAUGAUGCCAAGUACGCAAGGAGAUGCUGCUUUGGUACCAUUGCCAGACACUCCAAACAAGUCUUUGGUCCACCCUGUAGCCGAGACCGAAGUUAGGGCAGCAUUCGCCUCUUCCGACAAGCAGGCUUUUCAAGAGCACCUUGCUGAUACAUUUAACGCCAAUGCCAGGUCUACACUGUCUGUAGCUACAUUGCAGUCACCUCAACGCAAGACGACAGCCAAUCUUGAGAGCAAGCCAAUGUCGCCAGAGAAAGCCGCCCUCGCUGCCAUGUUCGACUCGAUCAAAAUGCCACAUCCGAUCUCGCCCUCAAAGUCGCCACGCAAAGCCUCAGGUAGCAGCAUCCUGUCUUCUCCAUCUAAGCAGACUGCUCCCGAAAGUGCGUCAACAGUGUCGUCACUGUUCCUCAACACGAGUUCGUCUUCGACCUCUCCAUCGAAAGUCGGAUCGACCGAUUCGGCUACUUGCCGGCCACACACUCGCGACUCGCCUUUGCGUCGGCCAGUCAUCAUCAGCUCGUCUUCUUCACCUGGCAAAAAAUUGAGACCUACUGAAGUCGAAACUGAAAACGCUUCCACACCUCUGUCGCCUGCUGAUCUUCCCGCUUCGGACGUUAGACAGCCGCGGAUGCGACCUUCAGUGCUGGCGUCGUCCAGCAGCCCAAGCGCCAAGCUCUCGGAUCUGAGUCUGACUUUGGACACUACAGGCACACAAGAGCUACUCUUCAGCCAAGAUGCGAGCUUCCUCGCGGCCACUGCAACCACAGCUGCUGACGUCACGAUCAACGACAGCUUUGACGUUUCUCGAGCAAAGGCACGUAUCAAAUCUUCGUCUGUUACCUCCGUCGCUGCUGCGACAAACACUUCGCCGACCAAGUUCGGCGGUGGCUACAAGGCAAGGCCUCGAUGCAGUAUGGUGCCCGAAGACGCAGUGCCGGACAUCAAGCCGAGCUCUCCUGAUAAGAGGCGUAAUGCGCUGGGCCUGAGAGGGCUCGGUGUUGGACGUGUAGUCAAAAAUGCUGCUGGCGACGAUACGAUUGAGCUCAAUUUGACGGGCAGCUUUAUGGGUAACUCGAGCCUGAUCGGAGGCAACCUUAUGGACGAGAGUGGUGAACCGUCACUAUUGUUCGGAAGUAAUUCAUUUUCGAUCUCGCACUCAAGGUCGCCGAAGAAGGAGACUGCUCAGCAGCCGGAGAAACAGAUCGAGAGGAAAGGCAGCAGCGAUGACAAUGAGGAGGAGGAGGAGGAGGAAGAGGAAAAUUUCGAGAGGGACGCAAAGAACGUGCAGAAGUGGGCAGCGGAGGCUGCGAGAAAGACGCAGCUGGGAAGACGUGUAGAUGAAAAAUCACCCAACAGGGUUUUGAUGUCGUCCAGGACUGCGCUUUCGACCGUCACUCAACCGUCUGCAUCUGGGUCGACUGUCGCUAGGCCAGUAUCACGAAUUGCUCCUCGCAACUCGCUCGUGACGCCAACCGCGAGAACUAGGUUGUUUCAACCUCGCGCAUCGGCGGUGUCGACAAUGAUCACGGCUGAACCUGCCCUGUCACGUUCAGGAAGCGCAUCGAGUGGCUUAUCCGCCACAUCUGCCUCAGCCAUCUCUUGUUCCUCCUCCUCAUCAGCACAAUUGGAUGGUAAGGACUUGGUCAAGGAAGUCAAGACACCCAUGCGUAGUAGGCGCAAAAGCACGUUUACCAGCACACGCCCACCUGUGUCUGGUCCUGCGCGUCGAAGGGAAUCGCUCGCCGCCGCUGCUGUAGUGCAAGCGCAUCCCAUCCCAUCACUUCCAUCUCUAGGACCUGCCACUCCGGGACGCAUGCGAGCCACUUCCACCCCGGUUGCAAACACCUCGCCAGGGACCAGAACGCCCACUGCACCGACGUCAAGAACCAUUUCAAAACCAAGGACCUCGCUAACGGGUCGAAACAGCGCGGUGAAUGCUGCACCACGCGCUUCGGCUCCAGCUACUGCGAGCACUCGUUCUAUUCCACGACCGCGUGCCUCACUCACCUCCACUACUACGCCUGCUGCAUCACGUACAGCUCUCGCCACGACAACCGCAACCACACGCACUCCAUCAGGUCGGACAGCAACAACACGUUCAACAUCUCUUGCCGCACCCACCUCGCGUACUGCCACCAGCCGUUACUCGAUGGCGCCCGUCGAGGCGACGCCUGUCGGAGCCCCAGGGAUAAAAAAGAGUGCAUCUCAGCCGCACGGCCUCGAGACUGGCACUGCUCUCGUAACACCCGGUAUAGCUCGGCCGCAGAGGACGUUGGUUCCACGCGCUAGUAUGAGCCAGAUCGGCAGCGGUGCCACGACGAGUAGUCGAAGCUCAACGCUCGUAACGCCAAGAGCAGCUGCAGGUGGUCAGACGAAUGCGUUUAGCAAUCGAACCACUAAUAGCAGCACCGCUGUAACAAAGAUCUCGACCGUUGGCACCUCCAAGAUCGGAGGUCCGACUACGCAUAAGCCAUCCAUACCGGCGGCGGCAGGCGGAUUUGGAUUCAAAUCUCGUACUUCAGCUGUCUACAUCGGUGCUGCCCGUGAACCAGCUCUUUUGCCGGAUGAUGGAGAUAAGGAGAAUUGA